AUGGCCCCUGAUCUCGCCUUCGGCCCUAAAGGCGACCAAUGGUAUUAUACUCGUAGCACGAAUACCUAUGAUCUCACCCGCGGUGUAGACAAGAAACUCACAAUAAGUACCACGAAAGGACCGCCCGGGACGAAACUCGAACUGGCCCCGGCUCUGACGGCGCUUGUUGUGGUGGACAUGCAGAAUUUCUUCCUCGCUGCGAAAUGUCGCAGUCACCCUACAGGACUGGCGGCCGUGGAUCCCACGCUGAGGGUCAUUGAGAAAUGUCGCAACGUUGGAGUGCAGCUCGUGUGGCUCAAUUGGGGGCUCACAGACGACGACCUGGCAAAGAUGCCCGCCGCCGUCCAGCACGGCUUCUCUCGCUCAUUGAUUCAGCCGCCAGACCAGAACACCGUCAAGAAGACCGGCCUCGGAUCCGAUCUUGGUAACGGCCAGGGCCGGACUUUAAUGGCCGGCGAAUGGAACUCGGCAAUCUACCCGCCGCUUGCCGCUGUGGUGAAAGCGGAGGACACGCAUUGCGGCAAAAAUCGUAUGUCGGGAUUGUGGAACUCGGAGCAGCCGCUGUGGAAGUACCUCGAGGAGAGUGGGAAGAAGACGCUGUUGUUUGCAGGGGUUAACACGGACCAAUGCGUCUUGGGCACGCUGGCGGAUGCGUAUAAUUCCGGCUGGGACUGUGUUAUGGUUGAAGACUGCUGUGCGACGACUACGGGGGAUGCUCAGGGAGUCUGUUUGCAUAAUGUGUCUAGUUCGUAUGGCUUCGUCGUUGAUAGCAACGCUAUUGCAGCGGGCAAAGUCGGUUGA